UUUAUGCCUACAUACUAUCACGUGAUUGAGUGCUUACUAUAAAUGUACGCCAAUACGUCAUUUCUUUUCUUUUCUUUUCUUUUAAUUUAUGCAAAUACGAUGGGACUCAUGCCACCUGCAAUCAAUAACCCACAAACACCCUUAUUAGACCCUACGCUUGAUGAACUUAUGGAUCAAGCCAAACAACUCAUGACGCGUAAAGACAAGAUUGAAGAAGAACUGCGAGAACUAGAAGAUGUGUUGAUCUCAGCAGGCAUCGGUAUGGAAGAACCUUUGGUUGACAGUGCAGGUUUUCCUCGCUCAGAAAUUGAUGUGCAUUCCAUACGUACCAGUCGUAACAGGAUCCACCGUCUUCGAAAUGAUCAUCGAUCCCUUAUGGCGGAUAUCGAGUCUGUCCUGCACGAUAUCCAUAAAGCAAAAAAACCAGAACCAAGAACAACAGAGACAUUAGCAGCACCCACAACCACUGUAGUCAUUGCAGAAGUACCUGUUGCAUUCGCCGUGGUGAAUGCUGUGGCUCCUGAUUCACCUGCUUAUCAGGCUGGAUUACGCAGAAAUGAUCAAAUUAUCAAGUUUGGUCACAUUGAUACCACAAACCAUCAGCAACUUCAGGCAUUGAAUGGUUUGAUUAGUGCUAGUGAAAAUCAAACAUUAUCAGUCACUGUUCUGAGAGAAGGACAGACAGUUCAAUUGUCUGUGACACCUCAAUCUGGAUGGGGAGGAAGGGGUACUUUAGGAUGUCAUUUAUUGCCAUUGUAAGCAAAAAAAAAAAAAGAAAAAAAAA